AAAAAAAAAAACCCUUGCCCUGUCUCUCACUUUGCUUUCAAAUUUCAUCGCAUUUUUUUCAUUUCUCUUGAGAGAAAGGGAAAUGAAAGUUAAAUAAAUAAAAUCAAAGCGACCGUACAAUCGAUUUAAAUAAUGGUUUCUGCUUUUAUAGUUUUAUUUCUCUUUUAGAUCUGAUCGCAGAUCUUGAAUCGCCAGCGUUUCUCUUCAAUUUUUCCUCUUUCUCUGGGUUAAUAAAAUUGCAAGGAUUAUUGGAAAUCGCAUUUUCGAAGAAUUUACUUUCAUGUUUUACUUCGGAUUCGGAUUUUCUUCAUUUUGCAACGUUGAUAAACAGAUCUUAAAAAUUGGCUCCGCAAAGGCGAUCGCAGCGCCACAUGGGUGGCCAGAUGCAGCAAAGCAAUGCUGCAGCGACGGCUUUAUACGAACACGCCGGCGCUGGGUCCUUGCACAAUGCGGGUCCCGCUGGCGAUGCCGGUGAUGCCGUUAUGGCGCGAUGGUUGCAGUCUGCUGGAUUGCAGCAUCUGGCCUCUCCGUUGGCUUCUACGGCCAUCGACCAACGCCUCCUUCCCACUCUCCUCAGGCAGGGUUAUGAAGCUCAAUCUGCAGAAGAGAAGCAGAGGCAAUUCAAAUUAAUGAGGAACCUCAAUUUUAAUGGAGAAUCUGGGUCAGAACCAUACACACCAACUGCCCAAAAUUCAGGAGGCCCAGCUUCAUCUGAUGGGUUCUAUUCGCCAGAUUUCAGGGGGGAUUUUGGAGCUGGGCUUUUGGAUCUUCAUGCUAUGGAUGAUACAGAGCUUCUGUCUGAGCAUGUUAUCUCAGAACCUUUUGAGCCAUCACCAUUCAUUCCUGGUGUUAAUAAAGCAUUUGAAAAUGAAUUUAAUGUGACAACUAGCUGGCAGCAAAAAGAGCAAAGUGAUGCUGAUGCCUCCGCUUCAUUAUUCUCUGCCAAUGAAAAAGAAAUCAGCCCAAGGGAAAAUAAUGUUGCUAAGAUUAAAGUUGUGGUACGUAAAAGACCAUUAAACAAGAAGGAGAUUUCUCGGAAGGAGGAUGAUAUAGUAACUGUGAGUGAUAAUGCUUUAACUGUCCAUGAACCUAAGCUAAAGGUGGACUUGACAGCCUAUGUAGAGAAGCAUGAGUUCUGUUUUGAUGCUGUUCUGGAUGAGCAUGUUACCAAUGACAAGGUUUAUCAUGUUACUAUUGAGCCAAUUAUUCCCAUCCUUUUUCAGCGAACAAAAGCCACUUGUUUUGCAUAUGGGCAAACAGGUAGUGGCAAGACAUUCACAAUGCAACCAUUACCUCUCAGAGCUGCACAAGACCUUAUUAGAUUCUUGCAUCAGCCAGUCUAUCGCAAUCAGAGAUUUAAAUUGUGGCUUAGCUAUUUUGAGAUAUAUGGUGGAAAACUCUUUGACCUUCUGACUGAUAGAAAGAAACUUUGUAUGAGAGAAGAUGGGAGACAACAAGUCUGCAUUGUUGGACUGCAAGAAUUUGAGGUGUUAGACGUGCAAAUUGUGAAGGAAUGCAUUGAGAGGGGAAAUGCCGCUAGAAGCACAGGAUCUACUGGUGCAAAUGAGGAAUCUUCAAGGUCACAUGCUAUUUUACAACUGGCCAUCAAGAAGCAUCCUGAGAUAAAGGAGUCCAAGCGCAACAAUGAUGGGAAUGAGUCUAAAGGUGGGAAGGUUGUGGGAAAGAUUUCUUUUAUUGAUCUUGCUGGCAGUGAAAGAGGUGCAGACACCACUGACAAUGACCGGCAAACUAGGAUUGAGGGUGCAGAAAUUAAUAAGAGCCUUUUGGCUCUUAAGGAGUGCAUUCGUGCUCUGGACAAUGACCAGAUCCAUAUACCAUUUCGUGGGAGCAAACUCACUGAAGUGCUCCGUGACUCUUUUGUUGGUGACUCAAGGACAGUUAUGAUCUCGUGUAUUUCUCCAAAUGCAGGUUCAUGUGAACACACUCUCAAUACUCUGAGAUAUGCUGAUAGGGUUAAAAGUCUUUCCAAAAGUGGUAAUCCCAAAAAGGAUCAGGCUGUAAAUUCUUUACCACCAAGUAAUAAGGAUGCUUCUUCAGCAUCUUCUCUGUCAGCUACUGCAGAUGUAGAAGAUGCUUAUGAGCGACUGCAAGAAGUAAAAGUUGUUGAUACAGGUCGAAGGGCUGUAGAGAAAGAUGUUUACACUGUUGACUUUGACAACCAACCCUCAACUUUUUUGCCAAGUUACCCUUUCAAUGAGAGGGAGGAAAGUGGAAUGGUUUCUGGCCCAACAGAUAGGGAGAAGUUUGAAGUGAAUAAUUCUUAUGGUGGUUCUACAAAUCGAAGAGUUUACUCAUCAAAUUUUCAAAAUUCAGCUGAUACAGAAGAGAAAGUGCAGAAGGUAUCACCACCUCGUAGAAAAGUGACAAGAGAAGAAAAAUCGGAGAAGACAGGGAAUUGGACCAAGACAGAUGGAGGGGGAUCUGAUUUUUCCUCUAUGAACAUUAGGCUGGCAAAUGCUGUUAAUUAUAAGAACAACAAUAAUGUUGGACGAAGACAAUAUGAUCCUGAGCCUCCCUCUGAUGGGAAUAUUGAUGCAAUACUUGAGGAGGAAGAGGCUCUGAUUGCUGCUCACAGAAAAGAAAUUGAGGAUACAAUGGAGAUUGUUCGUGAAGAAAUGAAGCUUUUGGCAGAGGUGGAUCAACCAGGCAGCCUCAUUGACAACUAUGUGACCCAGCUGAGCUUUAUGCUUUCACGCAAGGCUGCUGGUCUGGUCAGCCUUCAAGCUCGCCUUGCCAGGUUCCAGCAUCGACUGAAAGAGCAGGAGAUACUGAGCAGGAAGAGAGUUCCUCGUUAAGGCAACACAUUGUUCUCUGCAUCAGACCCUGUCCUGCAUCAAUGUUGCUGUUCACAUAAUGUUUCCUGCUGAUACAAUAGCAAUGGUGAUGAUUCAGGUGCAUCCUUAUGUGAUCCUUUACUUGUCAAAAUGCAUUGUUUAGAUGAACCUCAAGUGUUCUUGUUGAGAUUGGUAUGGAUUUGUGGCCUUCUUUUUUCAGUUGUGACAAAGGAAAUGUUUUCCUAUGUCAUUCUAGGAAAGGAGAAAAAGGAAAAUAGUGUUUUUUUUUCUCUUUUUCCAUUUACAUUUCUUAAAAAGUAUUUUUUCUUUCUCACCUCAAAAGCAACUUGUGCAUGUAAUAUUCUAGCUUUAAGAAAUAUGAAUGUUUGUUCUUAAUAAAUUGCGAGUUAUGUCAAAUGAAAUAUUUUGUAUGCAGCUCAAAUUUUGCUCUUUACAGUCAUAAAAAUAAAUUUUUAUGAUAAAAAUAUUACUAAAAUUAUUUUUUAAUUUUAGUAUACAAAAGGGAAAUGAUAUGGGAAGAUGUUCAAAGAAAGAGGAGAGACCUUUGAUACAAGCAAAAACCUAUUACUUUCCAAGACAUCUACUCUUCAGAAAAUUGUGCUGCCUUUCCCUACAUCCCCUGGCUUGUAUUUAUAAUUAAAGUACUAUUCCAACUCCCUAGUAAAUGCCUUCUUAGUAGCCAAAACUACACAAGCAGGGAUACCUGUA